UGAGGUCGCCCUGUGAGCCGCUGACAGCGACCAAUCACAUUGUUCGGUCUCCUGUGACGUCACGUCGGCGCUGGCAGUGUCGGGAGUAACAAUGUCUGUGGUGGAUCAGUUUAUGGAGCUCCAGGGCGGUCUGAGCGCCGACCAGGAUGUCCGUGAGGACAUCAGGAAAGUGGUUCAGACCUUGGAGCAGGAGGCGCGGGAAAUCCUCAUCCUCCUGCACAGCGUCCACCAUGACACCGGAUUAAACUCCAUUCCUGAAAAGAGCGCCAACGUUCCUGAACACUUCCCCGCCGUCCAGAGCGAGCUGGCUGCACCGCGAAGUAAAGCUACAUUUUCUGAAAAGUGCGCCAAAGUUCGUGAACACUUCCCCACCAUCCGGGCCCAGAUGGCUACACUGGCCACGAAGUUCCCUGCAGAUCAGUACUACAGGUAUCACGAUCAGUGGCGUUUCGUUCUGCAGCGUCUGGUCUUUCAGGCGGCGUUUCUGGUAUAUUUGGAGAAGGAGCAGCUGGUGACCCGAGAUGCCGUCGCUGAGAUUUUGGGAAUUGAAAGUGAACGGGAGAAAGGGUUUCACCUGGACAUUGAGGAUUAUCUGUCUGGGGUGCUGAACCUGGCCAGCGAGCUGUCCAGGCUGGCGGUGAACAGUGUGACCGCGGGGGACUACACCAGGCCUCUCCGUAUCUCCGCCUUCAUUAACGAGUUGGAUUUCGGAUUUAGACUUCUCAACCUUAAGAAUGAUUCCCUGAGGAAGCGCUACGAUGGCCUGAAGUACGACGUGAAGAAGAUCGAGGAGGUGGUGUACGACCUGUCCAUCCGGGGGCUCAGCAAGGGGCAGUCCUCAGAGAAGUCCUAGACCCGGAGCCCCUGGUGUCACUAUCUGCAGGGGAGAGGUUAUUCCCCCCCCCCCUUUCUGCACUGCCUCCACUUUGUUCUACUUCUGUAUAUGUCAUCUGUGUAGGGCAGUGAUUCCCAACGAGGGUGCCUCCAGCUGUUGCAAUACUACAACUCCCAGCAUGCCCAGACAGCCAAAAGCUGUCCAGGCAUGCUGGGAGUUUUAGUUUUGCAACAGCUGGAGGCUCCCUGGUUGGGAAACAAUGGUGUAGGGGAUUUUUCAGCACAACUUGUAUAAAAAUCACUGCAGCUUGGAUAAAGGUGAGGAGUAAAGACGUUCUCAUACUCAUCGGAUAUCUAGGGUUUUGGCCGGAGGGAUUCACAUGGAUGUUUUCUAUUAGAAUUCGGUAACAUAACUAAAUUAAAAUGUGAACCACUUUGUAUUACUUAUCCAGAGUUAUAUCCUGUAUUAUACCCCAGAGCUGUACUCACUAUUCUGCUGGUGAGGUCACUGUGUACAUACAUUACCUUACUUAUCCUGUACUGAUCCUGAGUUAUAUCCUGUAUUAUACUCCAGACCUGUACUCACUAUUCUGCUGGUGAGGUCACUGUGUACAUACAUUACAUUACUUAUCCUGUACUGAUCCUGAGUUAUAUCCUGUAUUAUACUCCAGAGCUGUACUCACUAUUCUGCUGGUGAGGUCACUGUGUACAUACAUUACCUUACUUAUCCUGUACUGAUCCUGAGUUAUAUCCUGUAUUAUACUCCAGAGCUGUACUCACUAUUCUGCUGGUGAGGUUACUGUGUCCAUACAUUACAUUACUUAUCCUGUACUGAUCCUGAGUUAUAUCCUGUAUUAUACUCCAGAGCUGUACUCUCUAUUCUGCUGGUGAGGUCACUGUGUACAUACAUUACAUUACUUAUCCUGUACUGAUCCUGAGUAAUAUCCUGUAUUAUACUCCAGAGCUGUACUCACUAUUCUGCUGGUGAGGUCACUGUGUCCAUACAUUACCUUACUUAUCCUGUACUGAUCCUGAGUAAUAUCCUGUAUUAUACUCCAGAGCUGUACUCACUAUUCUGCUGGUGAGGUUACUGUGUCCAUACAUUACAUUACUUAUCCUGUACUGAUCCUGAGUUAUAUCCUGUAUUAUACUCCAGAGCUGUACUCACUAUUCUGCUGGUGAGGUCACUGUAUACAUACAUUACAUUACUUAUCCUGUACUGAUCCUGAGUUAUAUCCUGUAUUAUACUCCACAGCUGUACUCACUAUUCUGCUGGUGAGGUCACUGUGUCCAUACAUUACAUUACUUAUCCUGUACUGAUCCUGAGUUAUAUCCUG